CGUCGGCGGCGGCCAUGAACUGGAGGAAAGGAGGGGAUGGCGGCGUGUCCAGGCGCUGGGCCGUGCUGCUCUGCCUCGGGAGCUUCUGCCUCGGCCUGCUCUUCACCAACAGAAUGUGGACACUGCCUGAGGCAACCGAGAUUGCACGACCGAAUCAAAAUGAUGAGGAAGGCAACACGGUAGCUGCUGGAGAUUGUGGCUCUAAAAAGGUCCAAGAACUACAAAACUACAAAGACGUGUUACAAGUUCAAGAUGUACAGACACUAGAUAAGACAAUAGCGAGCUUAGAGACAGAACUCUCGGCUGCAAGGACCCUGCAAGAAUCCUUGCUCAAUGGUUCCCCUGUUGCGGAAGAGUUCAAAGUUUCCGAGUCGAUUGUGAAGAGAAAGUACCGCAUGGUGAUUGGAAUCAAUACCGCCUUUAGCAGUCGCAAGAGGAGAGACUCCAUACGCUACACCUGGAUGCCUCGAGGUGAACAAAGGAAAAAGCUUGAAGAAGAGAAGGGAAUCAUUAUUCGUUUUGUCAUAGGCCACAGCGCUAUAUCAGGUGGAAUUAUCGAUAGAGCAAUUGAAGCAGAGGACAGAAAACAUGGAGAUUUCAUGAAAAUAGACCAUGUUGAGGGAUAUCUUGCACUAUCUGGCAAAACCAAGACAUACUUUUCUACAGCUGUUUCGCUAUGGGAUGCAGAUUUUUAUGUGAAAGUUGACGAUGAUGUGCAUGUAAACAUAGCAACGCUUGGACAGAUUUUAUCCAAACAUGCUUGGAAGCCCAGAGUAUAUAUUGGGUGCAUGAAAUCUGGACCUGUCCUAUCUGAAAAGGGCGUGAGAUACUAUGAGCCUGAGCACUGGAAAUUUGGUGAACCAGGCAAUAAGUAUUUUCGACAUGCUACUGGUCAAUUGUACGCAAUUUCCAAAGAUCUAGCGACCUACAUAUCUAUAAACAAGCAUGUCCUGCACCAGUAUAUAAACGAGGAUGUUUCAUUAGGGUCUUGGUUCCUCGGGUUAGAUGCGGAGCACAUUGAUGAACGGAGACUUUGUUGUGGUACUCCUCCUGAUUGCGAAUGGAAAGCUCAGGCGGGGAACAUCUGCGCUGCAUCUUUCGAUUGGAAAUGCAGCGGCAUAUGCAAUUCUGAAGGGAGGAUCUGGGAGGUGCACAACAAGUGCGCUGAAGGAGACAAGGCGCUGUGGAAUUCCACUUUCUAGCGCAAAUGAAACACCACAGAAGCAAAAGCAGAAGCUUGCCUGUGUGUUAGUUGUAUAUUAGAUUGCCCACGGUGCUGUGUAUGUAAUUCAUCUGUAGGUAGCUAUGA